UGAAUUUUCUUUUUCUCCUACAACAAAAUAUAUUGCGCAGUCUCACUUAUCCGCGAACGAUGGACGCGAGCUUAGCGGCUGAAUUGGAAAGAGUGAAAUCUCUGCUCGAUCGGGCGGUUUGGCCUUUGUCUAUCACAGGAAUUUGGCCGAAGAACGUGACAACGUAUACUCGAAGAAAAUCAUCGUUCAUCCUGACGUACUUCAUGUUUCAUCUCUUUUUGGAAUUAUUAGAUCUGGUGAGUGUCUGCGGUAAUGUUGAAUUGAUGGUGUUGAAUCUGGUGGAGACAGGGUUCCUGACGAUGGCCAUGUACAGACUGCUCAUCAUUAGAUUCCACAAAACUCUCCCUAAACUCAUUGAUUCAAGGGAGAAAUAUAUGGUCGUUGAGAAUUUCAACAAUUCCGAGGAGUUGAAGAUUUAUCUGGGGCAUGCGUCAGUUGUCGAGAAGUUCUAUCGCUGGUGGAAUGUUUAUGCCACUGGUACUGCUUUUAUGUAUUACAUAAUGCCGUUGCCCACGUAUCUCGUAAAAAGAAUGGUGAAUGAUGAAACGGCAAUCCUAAUAAAUCCUUACAGAAUUUAUCAUUUCAUCAAUUUAUCUUCAAUCCCAAGAACUGCUUUUCUUUACGUCUAUCAAUUUCCAAUUAUAUUAAUGGUUGCCAGCUAUUUUACAAGCGCUGUGAUUUCGCUCGCAUUUGUCACAAAUUUCUGUGGUCAAAUUGCCGUUCUCGCUAGAAGAAUUAUGACAAUGACGGAUGACAAUACCGAUCCCCGCCAUAUUUUUCACCGACACACCAAGCAACACAUUAAAAUUCUCAUGUGA